CUAUUCAAUAUGGCUGUCGUAUCUGCUCUUUUCAGUAACGCUCCGAUUGGAGAUUGACUCGACUCUGCAUGACUUGGUGCCUCUCUGUAUUGUUUGUUUCAUCGUGAUUUUUGUUAAUAAGUUGUUGUGCAUCUCCAAACAACCCUUAUUUCGUUUCUUAACCAGCCCUCAUCUUAGGCAUUGCGUUGGGCCUUGCGUUUACCCCUAAACAGCCAGCUGCCAACAGUCCGAAUUAAUCAACAAUUUCCAAUGGUUUGAGUAACGUUACACUUUCGCUCUUUCUUCUUAAUGAACAAUGUGUGAAAACUGCGCCGAGCUGGUGGAGGUUUUAAAUGAAAUCUCGGAUGCAGACAGCACUGAUGGCCUACAGCUGAAGAAGGAGCAUGCCUUAAGAGUCUUCAACUACAUAAGCUCAUGGACACAGAGGCAAUGUCUGUGCUGCUUCAAAGAGUACAAACACCUGGAGGUGUUCAACCAGCUGGUCUACGCCCUCAUCAACCUGGUCAUCGCUCAGGUGACCAGCCUACGGGACCGCCUCUGCACGGGCAGCGGCUUCCGGGGCGACGGCGGCGGCGGCGGCGGCAACAUCACCGGCGGUAACCCCGGCGGAGACGGGGCGGAAUCCGACUGGGGAGGCGGGGCUUGUAACCAGCCACGCCCCCAGGCCUCGCCCAUCGAGGACGAGCCGCUGAACGUGGAGAGGGACUCGGCGGAGGAGGACGGCGGCGGCGGAUCGGAACCGCUCGGAAAGAACCAGAACCAGAACCAGGAGCCGCAGGGGAGGUCGGAGAACCCCAGGCUCGGCGAGGGGUCGCAGGGGGGUGGCGGCGGUGCGGAGAACCAGGAUCCGUUUGGAUCCUGGACCACGGAGGACCGGGAGAAGCUGCUGCUGUGUGUCGCCAAGAUCUUUCAGAUCCAGUUCCCCCUCUACACCGCCUACAAACACAACACACACCCCACCAUAGAGGACAUUUCAGCUCAAGAAAGCAAUAUCCUGGGCUCCUUCUGCGACAUGAACGAUGUGGAGGUGCCCCUGCACCUGCUGCGCUACGUGUGCCUGUUCUGUGGGAAGCACGGUCUGGCGCUGAUGAAGGACUGCUUCGAGGCGGGCACGCCGGAGUCCCUCCCCUUCCCCCUCGCCCACGCCUUCAUCACAAUCGUCUCCAACAUCAGAAUAUGGUUGCACAUUCCCGCUGUAAUGCAGCACAUCAUCCCUUUUCGCACACACGUAAUCAGGUAUCUGUGCAAGCUGUCGGACCAGGAGCUGCGGCAGAGCGCGGCGCGCAACAUGGCCGACCUGAUGUGGAGCACGGUGAAGGAGCCGCUGGACAGCGCGCUGUGCUUCGACAAGGAGAGCCUGGACCUGGCCUUCAAGUACUUCAUGUCGCCCACGCUCACCAUGAGGCUCGCCGGCCUCAGCCAGAUCACGAAUCAGCUUCACGCCUUCAACGACGUCUGCAACAACGAGUCGCUGGUGUCGGAUACAGAGACGUCAAUAGCCAAGGAGCUGGCCGACUGGCUUAUAAAUAACAAUGUAGUGGAGCACAUAUUUGGACCAAAUUUGCACAUUGAGAUCAUCAAGCAGUGCCAAGUGAUCCUGAACUUUCUGGCUGCGGAGGGUCGUCUCAGCACCCAGCACGUGGACUGCAUCUGGGCCGGCGCUCAGCUGAAGCACUGCAGCCGGUACGUCCACGACCUGUUCCCCUCCCUCAUUAAGAACCUGGACCCAGUGCCCCUCAGGCACGUGCUCAACCUGGUGUCUGGACUGCACCCCAGCGCACACACAGAACAGACUCUGUACUUGGCCUCCAUGCUGAUCAAGGCCCUGUGGAACAACGCCCUGGCGGCCAAGGCCCAGCUCUCCAAGCAGAGCUCCUUCGCAUCGCUGCUCAACACCAACCUCCCCAUGGGCAACAAGAAGGGAUCCCCUGCAGCGAGCCCCGAGAGCAGCGACAACAGCGACACGCACCACAGCGGCGGCAGCGACCUGGAGAUGGACGAGCAGAUCAUGAGCGGCAGCAAGAGGGGCCAGCAGAGGCUGUCUGACACGGAGGAGUCUCUGCAGGGCAGCUCGGACGAGACGGCCAACAGCGGCGAGGAGGGCAGCAGCGGGCCGGACAGCAGCAGCGGCCGCUCCGAGGCCUCCAGCAACGAGGAGGCGGGCUCCAGCCGCGCCAGCCAAUCGGCCGGCAGCCCGGGCUCCGAGCUGCACUCGGACGACAUGGCCGACAGCGAGGCGCUCAAGGAAGAGGAGGAGGAGGAGGAGGAAGACGAGGAGGACGACGACGACGACGAAGAAGACGACGAAGAGGACGAUGACGACGAGGAGGAGGAGACGACGACGACGACAACGACGACUGUGACGACAACGGCGAGGCCCGGCGGUUUGUCGUCGGUGGUCGCCGCGACGACGGACGGAGGGCCGCAGAAGGAGACGCGAGAAGCCCCGGCGGCGGCGGUCGCGUCCACGUCGGCGUCGUCUUCGUCCGAACUGAGGAAGAGGAAGGCGGGCGAGCCGCUGGGCGAGAUCCAGCCCCCGCCCGAGCGCCCCGGCAUGGGAGCGGGCAUCGGCACGGCAACCACCAGCGGCGGCCUGGCAUCCAUCUCCUCCUCCGCCGCCGCCCUCCCCGGCCCUGCGCCGGCCAAAACCAAACCCCUCCCCUUCACCUCUGACCCCUCCUCCUCCACCACGGUCUCCGUCAUGGCCGCCGCAGUGGCCUCCACCUCCUCCUCCUCCGCUGCUACUGCGGUGGCCUCGUCCUCCAUGAGGAUGCUGGACCCCUGCACCUCCUCUUCGUCCUCCUCCUCCACGUGCUUGGACCCCAUGGCUGAGCAUCAGCAGCAUCAGCAACAGCAGCAGCAGCAUCAGCACCACCAACAACAACAACAACAGCAGCAGCAACAACAACAACAGCAACAACUACAACAACAACAGCAACAUCAGCAGCAUCAGGCUCAGCAGCUGGCUCCACAGCAGCAGCCCCAGCCACAGACGUCCCAGCAGCAGCAGCAGCAGCAGGGCCCGCUGGGUCCAGAGAUGGGCCCCCUGCACGGGCCCCAGGCUCCCGGUCCCGGUCCGCAAGGUCCGGGUCACCAGGACGGGCCGGGCUGCCUGCCGCACCCGCGCGCCGGCGACUUCCUGGGCGAGGCCAUGGGCAACGAGCUGUUCAACUGCCGCCGCUUCAUCAACCCCCAGCACCACCAUCACCACCACCACCACCAUCACCACCACCACCACCACGAGGGUCACGUGAUGGAGGACAUGCUCAGUGCGGACGACGUGAGCUGCAGCAGCUCGCAGGUGAGCGCCAAGUCGGAGAAGAACAUGGCGGACUUUGACGGCGAGGAGUCGGGCUGCGAGGAGGAGCUGGUGCAGAUCAACUCGCACGCCGAGCUCAGCUCGCACCUGCAGCAGCACCUGCCCAACCUGGCCUCCAUCUACCACGAGCACCUGGUGCAAGGCCCUUCCGUUCACAAGCACCAGUAUUCCAGCCACGCCGUCACCGACAUCAACCUGGACAACGUGUGCAAGAAAGGCAACACGCUGCUGUGGGACCUGGUGCAGGACGAGGAUGCGAUCCACCUAUCGGAGGGCCUGAUCGGCGAGGCGGAGAAGCUGCUGUGUUCGCUGGUGUGCUGGUUCACCGACCGUCAGAUCCGCAUGCGCUUCAUCGAGGGCUGCCUGGAGAACCUCGCCAACCACCGGUCGGUGGUGGUCUCCUUGCGUCUGCUGCCCAAGCUGUUUGGGACGUUUCAACAAUUUGGCUCCAGCUACGACACCCACUGGAUCACCAUGUGGGCAGAGAAGGAGCUGCACAUGAUGAAGUUGUUCUUUGAGAACCUGUUGCACUACAUCCAGGAAGUGAGGGAGAAACGGCACAAGUUUGCACUGUACAGCCACAGUGCGGAGGUGCAGGUGCGUCUGCAGUUCCUCACGUGUGUAUUCUCUACGCUGGGCUCCCCAGACCACUUCAGGCUGAGCUUGGAGCAGGUGGACAUCCUGUGGCACUGUCUGGUGGAGGACUCGGAGUGCUACGACGACGCCCUGCACUGGUUCCUCAACCAGGUGCGCAGCAAAGACCAGCACGCCAUGGGCAUGGAGACCUACAAGCACCUCUUCCUGGAGAAGAUGCCCAAGCUGAAGCCGGAGACCAUCAGCAUGACCGGUCUAAACCUGUUCCAGCACCUUUGCAAUCUGGCCCGCCUGGCCACCAGCACCUACGACAGCGGGCCCAACUGCGAGCUGUGUGGCAUGGACCAGCUGUGGGGCAUCGCCCUGAGAGCCCAGUCUGCGGACAUCAGCCGCGCCGCCAUCCAGUACAUCAACUCCUACUACAUCAACGGUAAGGCAGGGCUGGAGAAGGAGCAGGAGUUCAUCAGUAAGUGCAUGGAGUCUCUGCUCAUGGCCUCGGCCAACCUGGAGAAGGACGCCCAGUCCAGUCUCACCGUCAUCGAGCGGGGCCUGCUCAUGCUCAAGACUCACCUGGAGGCCUUCAGACGCAGGUUUGCGUACCACCUGAGGCAGUGGCAGAUCGAGGGCACGGGCAUCAGCAGCCACCUGAAGGCCCUGAGCGAGAAGCAGUCGCUGCCGCUCCGCAUCGUGUGCCAGCCUGCCGGUCUCCCCGACAAGAUGACUAUAGAGAUGUACCCGAGUGACCAGGUUGCGGACCUGAGGGCGGAGGUCACCCACUGGUACGAGAACCUGCAGAAGGAGCAGAUGAACCAGCAGGCCCAGCUGCAGGAGUUCGGACAGACCAGCCGCCAGACCGGAGACUUCCCAGGUGGAGGUCUAAUGGGUCCAGUGCGGAUGAUCUCAUCUGGUCAUGAGCUGACCACAGACUACGAUGAGAAAACACUGCACGAGUUGGGCUUCAAAGACAUGCAGAUGGUGUUUGUGUCUCUGGGCGCUCCGCGGCGGGAGCGUAAGGGCGAGGGCGUGCAGCUGCCGGCCUCGUGCCUGCCGCCGCCGCAGAAGGAGCACAUCCCCAUGCUGCUGCUGCUGCAGGAGCCGCACCUCACCACGCUCUUCGACCUGCUGGAGACGCUCGCCUGCUUCAAACCGCCCAGCCCCGACCGCGCCCUCGACAGCGCCGAGAGUGUGCGCUGUGAGGAGCUGCACCUGCAUGCUGAGAACCUGUCGCGGCGCGUGUGGGAGCUGCUCAUGCUGCUGCCCACCUGCCCCAACAUGCUGCAGGCCUUCCAGAACAUCUCCGACGACACGGUGUCUGAGGGUCUGUGCUGGAAGGACCUGCUGAGGAUCAAGAGCCCCCACAAGCUGCUCUACGCUCUGGAGAUCAUCGAGGCCCUGGGCAAGCCCAACCGCCGCAUCCACAGGGAGUCCACCGGGAGCUACAGCGAUCUCUACCCAGACUCGGACGACUCCAGCGAGGACCAGAUUGAAAACAGCAAGAACACUUGGAGCUGCAAGUUUGUCGGGUCUGGCGGUCUACAGUUGCUGUUAGAGAUUUUCAACUCGGCCAUCCUGGAGCCCAAGGAGCAGGAGUCCUGGACAGUGUGGCUGCUGGACUGCCUGGCAUGCCUGCUGAAGCUCAUCUGCCAGUUUGCGGUGGACCCGGCCGACCUGGACCUGGCCUACCACGACGUCUUCGCCUGGUCGGGCGUCAGCGACUCGCAGCGCAAGCGCGCCUGGCCCAGCAAGUCCCGCAAGGCGGCCGGCGACCACGUCAAGGGCCUGCACAUCCCCCGCCUCACCGAGGUCUUUCUUGGCCUUGUCCAGGGCACCAACCUCAUCCAGCGCCUCAUUAAUGUAACGUACACGUAUGACAACUUGGCUCACAGGGUUCUGAAGGCUCAAUCUGAUCACAGAUCACGUCACGAAGUGACUCACUACUCCAUGUGGCUGCUGGUGAGCUGGGCACACUGCUGCUCCACGGUUAAGUCCAGCCUGGCCGACAGCGACCACCUGCACGACUGGCUCAAGAAGCUCACGCUGCUCAUCCCCGAGGCUGCGGUGCGGCACGAGGCGUGUAAUGGCCUGUAUAAGCUCUCUCUCUGUGGGCUGGAGGGGGGCGAGAGCAUCAACCGCUCCUUCCUGCUGCUCGCCGCCUCCACGCUGCUCAAGUUCCUGCCCGACGCACAGGCACUCAAGCCACUCAAGGUGGAGGACUAUGAGGAGGAGCCCCUGUUGAGGACGGGCUGUAAGGAGUACUUUUGGCUGCUCUGCAAACUCAUCGACAACAUCCACGUCAAGGAUGCCAGCCAGACGACUUUGUUGGACCUUGAUGCUCUGGCCAGGCACCUUGCGGACUGCAUUCGCAGCCGUGAGAUCAUGGACCAGCAGGACCUCUCAUUUACAUUCACUUUUAACCGUGAGAUCCUGGACCAGCAGGACGGGGCGGUGGAGGACGACGGCCUGACGGGCCUGCUGCGGCUGGCCACCAGCGUGCUCAAGCACAAGCCGCCGUUCAAGUUCUCGCGCGAGGGCCAGGAGUUCCUGCGCGACACGCACGACCUGCUCUUCCUGCUGCCCAGCCUCAAGGACCGGCGGCAGCCCAAGUGCAAGUCGCACGCCGCCCGCGCCGCCGCCUACGACCUGCUGGUGGAGAUGGUCAAGGGCUCGCUGGACAACUACCGGCUGCUGCACAACUGGGUCAUGUCCCAGCACAUGCAGGCCUCCCACGCGCCCUAUAAGUGGGACUACUGGCCCCAUGACGACGUGCGGGCGGAGUGCCGCUUCGUGGGCCUCACCAACCUGGGCGCCACCUGCUACCUGGCCUCCACCAUCCAGCAGCUCUACAUGAUCCCCGAGGCCCGGCAGGCCGUCUUCACGGCCAAGUACUCUGAGGAGAUCAAGCACAAGACCACCUUAUUGGAGCUUCAGAAGAUGUUCACUUAUCUCAUGGAGAGUGAGAGGAAGGCCUAUAACCCGCGGCCAUUCUGUAAGACCUACACCAUGGACAAGCAGCCACUCAACACGGGCGAGCAGAAAGACAUGACCGAGUUCUUCACCGACCUCAUCACCAAGAUCGAGGAGAUGUCACAAGACUUGAAAAACACAGUGAAGACACUAUUUGGUGGGGUCAUCACAAACAAUGUGGUGUCAUUGGAUUGUGACCACGUGAGCCAGACGGCAGAGGAGUUCUACACGGUCAGGUGUCAGGUGGCCGACAUGAAGAACAUCUAUGAGUCUCUGGAUGAGGUGACCAUCAAGGACACACUGGAGGGGGACAACAUGUACACCUGCUCCCAGUGUGGCAAGAAAGUCAGGGCGGAGAAGAGGGCGUGCUUCAAGAAGCUGCCGCGCAUCCUGAGCUUCAACACCAUGCGCUACACCUUCAACAUGGUCACCAUGAUGAAGGAGAAGGUCAACACGCACUUCUCCUUCCCGCUGCGCCUGGACAUGACGCCCUACACCGAGGACUUCCUCAUGGCCAAGGGGGACAGGAAGGAAGGUUUCCGUGACGACGGUGAGGCGAAGGCGACGGAGAGCUACGAGUACGACCUGAUUGGCGUGACGGUGCACACGGGCACGGCGGACGGCGGCCAUUACUACAGCUUCAUCAGGGACAUCAUCAACCCCCACGCCUACAAGAACAACAAGUGGUAUCUGUUUAACGACGCAGAGGUGAAGCCCUUUGACUCGGCCCAGCUGGCGUCAGAAUGUUUUGGUGGGGAGAUGACGACAAAAACGUAUGACUCCGUCACUGACAAAUUUAUGGAUUUCUCCUUUGAAAAGACCCAUAGUGCCUAUAUGUUAUUUUAUAAGCGAGUGGAGCCGGAGGAGGAGUACGGGAAGGACUUUAAUUUUGACGUCUCUCCCGACCUGCUGGAGUGGAUCUGGCAUGACAACAUGCAGUUUCUCCAGGACAAGAAUAUUUUUGAGCACACUUACUUUGGGUUUAUGUGGCAGCUGUGCAGCAGCAUCCCCAGCACUUUACCGGACCCCAAAGCCAUCUCUCUCAUGACCGCUAAGCUCAGCACUUCGUUUGUGUUGGAGACUUUUAUCCACUCCAAAGAGAAGCCUACUAUGCUGCAGUGGAUUGAGCUCUUGACCAAACAGUUCAACAACAGCCAGGCGGCCUGUGAGUGGUUCCUGGAUCGGAUGGCUGAUGACAACUGGUGGCCGAUGCAGAUUCUCAUCAAAUGCCCCAAUCAGAUUGUACGGCAGAUGUUCCAGCGGCUUUGUAUUCACGUCAUCCAGAGGCUACGGCCCGUCCACGCCCACCUCUACCUGCAGCCUGGCAUGGAGGACGGUUCGGACGAUAUGGACGGUCCAGUGGAGGACAUCGGGAGUCGGUCGUGUGUGACGCGCUUCGUGAAGACGCUGCUGUCCAUCAUGGAGCACGGCGUGAAGCCGCACAGCAAGCACCUGACCGAGUACUUCGCCUUUCUCUACGAGUUCGCCAAGAUGGGCGAGGAGGAGAGUCAGUUUCUCCUGUCUCUCCAAGCCAUCUCCAUUAUGGUGCAUUUCUACAUGGGCACCAAGGGCCCUGAGAAUCCGCAGGUGGAAGUGCUGUCGGAGGAGGAAGGCGAGGAGGAGGAUGAGGAAGAGGACAUUCUGUCUCUGGCUGAGGAGAAGUAUCGCCCGGCGGCACUGGAGAAGAUGAUCGCACUCAUCGCCCUGCUGGUGGAGCAGUCCCGCUCGGAGAGGCACCUGACGCUGUCCCAGAGUGACAUGGCGGCGCUGACGGGGGGUAAAGGGUUCCCCUUCCUCUUCCAGCACAUCCGCGACGGCAUCAACAUCCGCCAGACCUGCAACCUCAUCUUCAGCCUCUGCCGCUACAACAACCGCCUCGCUGAACACAUCGUCUCCAUGCUCUUCACCUCCAUCGCUAAGCUCACUCCUGAGGCGGCGAACCCCUUCUUCAAGCUGUUGACCAUGCUGAUGGAGUUUGCUGGGGGUCCCCCCGGCAUGCCCUCCUUCGCCUCCUACAUUCUGCAGAGGAUCUGGGAGGUGAUUGAGUACAACCCGUCCCAGUGUCUGGACUGGCUGGCGGUGCAGACCCCGCGGAACAAGAUGGCCCACAGCUGGGUGCUGCAGAACAUGGAGAACUGGGUCGAGCGCUUCCUGCUGGCCCACAACUACCCACGCGUCCGCACAUCGGCGGCGUACCUGCUGGUGUCGCUCAUCCCCAGCAACUCGUUCCGGCAGAUGUUCCGCACCACGCGCUCGCUGCACCUGCCCACGCGCGACCUGCCGCUGAGCCCCGACACCACGGCGGUGCUGCACCAGGUGUACCAGCUGCUGCUGGGCCUGCUGGGCCGCGCCAAGCUCUACGUGGACGUGGCCGUGCACGGCACCACCAAGCUGGUGCAGUACUUCAGCUUCCUCACCUACUGCCUCAUCUCCAAGACCGAGAAGCUCAUGUUCUCCGGCUACUUCAUGGACCUCUGGAACCUCUUCCAGCCCAAGCUGUCUGAGCCGGCCAUCGCCACCAACCACAACAAGCAGGCGCUGCUCUCCUUCUGGUACAACGCGUGCGUGGACUGCCCCGAGAACGUGCGCCUGAUCGUGCAGAACCCGGCCGUCACCAAGAACAUCGCCUUCAACUACAUCCUGGCCGACCACGACGACCAGGAGGUGGUGCUGUUCAACCGCGGCAUGCUGCCCGCCUACUACGGCAUCCUGCGCCUGUGCUGCGAGCUCUCGGCCGCCUUCACGCGCCAGCUGGCCUCGCACCAGAACAUCCAGUGGGCCUUCAAGAACCUCACGCCGCACGCCAGCCAGUACCCCGGGGCGGUGGAGGAGCUGUUUAACCUGAUGCAGCUGUUUGUGGCCCAGCGGGCGGACAUGCGUGAGGAGGAGCUGGAGGACAUCAAGCAGUUCAAGAAGACCACCAUCAGCUGCUACCUGCGCUGCCUGGACGGACGCUCCUGCUGGACCACGCUCAUCAGUGCCUUCCGUGUGCUACUGGAAAAUGAUGAGGACCGACUGCUGGUGGUCUUCAACAGGGGACUCAUCCUCAUGACUGAGUCUUUCAACACGCUGCACAUGAUGUACCAUGAGGCCACGGCGUGCCACGUGACGGGCGACCUGGUGGAGCUGCUCUCCAUCUUCCUGUCGGUGCUGAAGGCCACGCGGCCCUACCUGCAGCGCAAAGAUGUGAAGCAGGCUCUGAUCCAGUGGCAGGAGAGGAUCGAUUUUGCCCACAAGCUCCUGACCCUCCUUAACUCCUACAGCCCUCCAGAGCUCCGCAACGCCUGCCUGGAUGUGCUGAAGGAGCUGGUGCUUCUCAGCCCUCAUGACUUCCUGCACACCCUCGUCCCUUUCCUGCAGCACAACCACUGCACCUAUCACCACAGCAAUAUCCCCAUGUCUUUUGGGCCGUAUCUGCCCUGCAGAGAGAACAUGAAGCUGAUGGGAGGGAAGAACAACAUCAGGCCCCCGCGACCCGAACUCAACAUGUGCCUACUGCCCUCUAUGGUGGAAACCAGCAAGGGUAAAGAUGAAGUUUACGACAGGAUGCUUCUGGACUACUUCCUCUCCUACCAUCAGUUCAUCCACCUGCUGUGCCGCGUGGCCAUCAACUGCGAGAAGUUCACGGAGACGCUCGUCAAACUGAGUGUGUUGAUCGCAUAUGAAGGGUUACCUCUCCACCUGGCUCUCUUCCCCAAGCUAUGGACUGAACUCGCUCAGUCUCAGUCUGCGCUGGCUAAGACGUGUGUGAAGCUGCUGUGUGAGGACCCGGCGUUCGGCGAGUACAUCAAGUGCAUCCUGGUGGACGAGCGGACCUUCCUCAACAACAACAUGGCCUACUCCUUCCUCUCCUGUUUUCUGCACAAGGUUCAGUCCCAGGUGCUGUCGGGUCCGAGCUGCUCCAAUCUCAUCAACAUCCUGGUCACCAACCUGCUCAACGAGUACCACAGCCUACAGCCCGAGCUGGCCAAUCACAGACCAGAGAUCAGCAAGACCAGCGGCCUGCUCAACUCUGAGCUGCGGGCGCUGGUGCUGAUGCUGGCGGUGCACUCUCCGCAGCAGCUGGAGCCGUCUCUGGGCCCCGCCCUGCAGGAGCUGCUGAGCACCUGCCGCGCCUGCCUGCAGCACCGCACCGCCCUGCUGGAGCUGGAGGCCAAGGAGCGCAAGAGCAAAGCGGACGAUGAGGGGGCGACCCCUGUGAAGCGGCGGCGGGUCAGCAGCGGCGAUGACCACCCGGGCGAGGGCACCAGCUCCUCCUCCAUGCCCUCCGGCUGCCCGUCCACCUCUGCCGCCGCCGCCUCUUCCUCCUCCUCCUCCUCCUCAUUGGCUCCCGGCGCCGCCGCCGCCGCCGAGACGAAGGCGGAGCCGGCGGAGGUCCCGCCCCCCCGCUCGCCGGGCAGCCCCUCGGACACAGAGACGCGGGACUCGUCGCUCAUCGACCCGGGCACCGAGCACGAGCCGCCCUCGCCGCCGGACGGCGCCUCGCCCAAGGAGGAGAAGAUGAUGGACGCCUCGGCGCCGCCACAGCCGCAGCCGCCGCAGCUGCAGUCCUCCUCGUCCUCCUCUUCGUCCUCCUCCUCGUCCUCCUCGUCCUCUUCCUCCUCGCUGCCCGAGGGCUUCGGGCCGCAGGACGAGCCCAUGGUGCAGCAGCAGCAGCAGCAGCCGCCUCUGACGACGACGACGACGACGACGUCCGCAACUGGUCCCAGAACAGUGGAACUCCGAGGAGGGGGGGAGCGAGACGAAGAAGGGAUGGAAGAGGAGCAGCAGCAGCAGCGGAGGAAGGACGAAGGAGCGAAGGAGGAGAGGGAGGACGGCUGUAAGACUCUAGGAGGAGGCGCCGUCGGCGUCGACCCCGCCGCUAACGCCGCCACGUCGUCAUCAUCGGCGGCCGCUGCCGCUAGCGCAGCCUCUUCCUCCUCCUCCUCCUCCUCGUCCUCCUCCUCCGCGUCCCAAGACGACGGGGCGCUGCUGCUGUCUGGCCCGUCAGAAGCGACGACGACAACGGGUGCGGGGGCGGUAGCGACAACGACGGCGGCCGCGCUGUGGGGUCCGAGCGGCGGGGGGCCGUCGGACACGCUGGACACUCUCUACCGGACCGUGGAGGCCGCCAUCGCCGCCGUGGCCAAGGCAACCGCCGCCGCCGCCAAGGGAGCGCCGCCCCAGCCGUCUCCCUCGUGAUGUCACUUCCUCUGUUGUUCUUCGCCCGCCCGCGCCGGGGGGCCCCACUCGCUUCCUUCCCGCACAAGACAAAAAAAAAAAAAACACGAGUGGACACUUGGAAGUCCUUCAGCGAGGGCGGUCUAACAUUUCAGUUGCGCAUGCUUGACUUACAACCCCUUUCCUCCAUCCCUGAAAGGCAAUGAUCUCUAACUCAACCCUAAAUCCUGUCAUUUUGGUUCCCCCCUCCCUUCCCCCCCCACCUAAUUCCCCCUCUUGUUUUAUUUACCCCAACUAGUUUUGUUUUUGUGGACUAAAGCACCCCCACACACCCCUGUAGGAGUUUGCUGACGGGAGAUCUUGAUCGACCUCUGGUCUCUGAACUGGCCUCUCCACCAGUAGACGUGAAAUAAGGAGACUGGCGACGCCCUGUAGUCCGUGGCCCUCUUUCGGAAGGGGGGGGGGGUCUGGAAAGUUCUGACGUGUACGUACACACACACACACACACACACACACACACACACAUAUAUACACACACGCACAUACAAGCGUUCAUUUCCAAAGCCGCCUGAGGAGAAAACGACAAGAAACAAACAAACAAACAACCAACAACAACCGCAACAAAAAUAGAACAACAACAACACUGCUAGCGUCCGUUAAAGAAGAACCAGACCCGGGCGCUGGAGACUACAUCGUAGAAGGCGGCACACUCGAGUCCAGAAGAGCAUAGUGGCUGUCGUUUUCGUUUCUGUUGUUUAUUGUUUUAUUUUCAUUUUUCAUUUUUAUUUUUUUUCCCUCUCUCUCUCUCUCUUCUGAAGUGAUCGAAUUGUCUUUGAGGAUGCUGUAACGUCACGGGGAAAGGUUUACAGUUUUAAGUCUCUUCUUUACUUAAUUUAAUUUUAUUGCAUUUUUAAGGUGUAUAAAAUGUCCUCCGUGCCAGUUUUUUGUACUUUAUCGAAGAGGCAUAUUAAAAAAAAAAAAAAAAGGUUGCCUUGCUUUUUUCUGUGGUUGAAUGCUCAAGGUGAGUUUACUUGUACAUUUGAAAUGAGAGAAAAAGAACCACAAGAAAACUUGAUUCUGUAAAGAAUCUACUCAAGUUGAUGCCUGGAGGUGUAUAUGAGAUAAGAAAGUAUAUAUAUAAAUAUAUAAAUAUAUAUCUAUAAAUGAUAUGACAUAUUAUAUGAUAUAGUAGUAUCAUAUGAUAUAUCAUGUAAUAUUAUAUGAUAUUACAGUGCUUUAUUUAACCCGAUGGCUGGAUUAAAGCACUCUCUGUAACAGUUGGAGCUAUAUUUUAUUUACUGACGAAAAAAGACAUUCCAUAAUCUAUCUCAUGUCAUUAUUACAUUUUCUUUGUGUUUUUGUUUUCUUUUUUUUUCUCUUUGUUUUUGGUUUAUUUUAAUAUAGGGUAACUUAAUAAAAUUUUAAUAUGAUUUAACUAUGA